AAAAUAUUAAACUUGAAAAAGAAUUACAAACAGAAUUUGAUGACAAUGUUGUAAUGGAAAUUGGUCAAAUUAAAAGUGAAAUAUCAGAAGAAGUCAGCAAUGACAUUGAUAAUGUUCCAAAUGUAAAACGUGAACCUGUUAAAAAUAUUAAACUUGAAAAAGAAUUACAUACAGAAUUAAUUGUUAAAAAUGAAAUACUAGAUGACAAUCUUGCGAUAGAAGUUGUACGAAUUAAAAAUGAAAUACCAGAAGAAGACACCAAUAAUAGUGAUAAUGUUAUAAGUGUUAAACAUGAACCCGUUCACGACAAUGAUAAACAAUUGUACACAAUUAAUGAUGAAAAUAUUAAAGUUAAAAAAGAAUUACAUACAGAAUCUAAUUUAGCUAUACAUAAACUGACUUUGGUAAUAGUUAUUUUCAAUGUUGCCUCUGAGGACAGUAUUACUGUGACAAUUGGUCGAUGGUAA